AUGUUUGUCUACGCAUGGCUAGGCAUAGCUCUCCUCACUUACCAUGCUUUCCGCAGCGUAUAUAGGCUGUACUUUCAUCCACUUCGCAAAAUUCCUGGCCCGAAGCUAGCAGCUAUCACCUAUGCUUACGAGUUCUACUACAAUGUUAUCAAGGGCGGCAAGUUUGUGUGGGAAAUUGAACGUAUGCAUAAGAUAUAUGGCCCGAUCAUUCGCAUCAACCCCGAUGAAGUCCACAUCAACGAUCCGGAUUACUACGAGGAGAUCUAUACUUCCCGUGCUCGCCGGCGAGAGAAAGACCCUUUCCAAGUAGCCCAGUUCGACAUCGACGGCGCAGCCUUCUCGAGCAUCACACCUGAGAUACAUCGUCAACGACGCGCCCCUCUCGAUAAAUUCUUCUCAAAACAAGCCAUCUCCAACAUCGAGUGUCUCAUCCACGACAGCCUAGACAAGAUUAUCAAAGCCUACAAGGAGGCGUACCAGAGCAAAAGUGUAGUGAGCUUGGACACCGGGUUUGCAAGCUUGACUGCGGACAUCAUCCACCAGUAUGCCUUUGGGUUCAACCCGGGUAACCUAGACGCGGAGGGAUUCAACGAAAGCGUACGAGAUGCCGCCAAACGCGUGGUCCUUGGCCUGCUGCCGCACGGGUUGCUGCGCCUUAUCAGCGAGCCAGCAGUGAAAUUAGCGAAAGAGAAAGAGGAUUUGUAUGCGAGAAGCGCGGCAGCGCUAGAGAGGAACCAGUCUCCCGUGAAGGAAGAUGAAAAGGUCAGUAAUAGCAAAGGCGCGAUUCUGGAUGCUAUUGCUGGGCCUCGUAUGCCAGCACAUAUGCGGACGCCUAAGCGACUCAUGGAGGAGGGGCUUUCUCUGGCCAUUGCGGGAACGGAAACCACAGCGCGGGCGCUCUCUGUCGGGACCUAUCACUUGCUUACGAAAGAGGAUGUCAGGCUCAAGUUGAAAGAGGAACUGAAGACCGUUAUGCCUACACCUGAUAUGCGGGUCAGUCGCACGGAGCUGGAGAAGCUGCCUUAUCUGUCUGGUGUCAUCAAUGAAUCCAUGCGUCUUGCAACAGGCGUAUCUUUCAGGAUGACCAGAGUAGCUCCCACAGAAGCACUGGUUUACAAGGAACAUGUCAUUCCUCCUGCUGUACGUAUCAUCUUUCGCAAUGCUGUUGAUGCCAGUUUUUUCAGCUCAUCCACCGUCUUCAUCCUCAUGAAUUCGAACAUUUUCCCCAAUCCCCACGAUUUCGAUCCGGAACGCUGGAUCCGAGCUGCUGAAAAGGGGGAGCGAUUAGAUCGGUAUCUGGUGAACUUUUCCAAGGGUGCUCGGAUUUGCCUUGGCAUGCAACUGGCUUAUGCCGAACUUUUCAUUGUUAUUGCCGCACUUAUGCGCCAAUUUGAGAUGGAGCUAGUCGACACUCCAAAGGAGACCAUUGAAUUCGCGCGAGACGCUGGGGCGCCGUAUCCUGAGAAGGGAAACUUGUCCAUCAAAGCGAGGAUUACGGGGUUGGCUCAGGAGUAG